UUUCGCCUCUUUCGCAUCCGCCAAGUUCGUUUACCCAGCUUCUGGGACCUGCGACGUUUUGCAAACACAAAAUGCUAUCCUCCUCACUGCGCCGGGCGGCCUGGGCCCCUAUUACUCCCAUCUCAGGCGUCGCACGCGCCUCGAGCCAGACUCUCACCACCUCCGCUAACAACCUCACCGGCUCGACGCAGCCUGUGCGUCAACGGCGCUACUCCUCGUCAUCGUCGUCAAACCCCAGCGAUGGCGCGAGGAAACUUGAGUGCGAGGUGAACUCUGGGAAGUCGACCCGUCGGAGAGGCAAGGACAGUGUCCGCGCCAGCUCCAAGCAGCAACAGCAACAGCAGCAGACGGCAUUUUCCCGACUUCCCAGCGUUCCCUCAACCCAGCACCUCCUCCCGCAUGACGUCCAGGUCGCUUCCUUCUUUUCCAUCCACCGUCCCAUCUCCGUCUCCACCAGCGUGCCCCCAACUUCCACCUCUGAAGCCUUCGACGCCAUCUUCACUGCGCGCAAGCCCGCUGUCGACGAUGUCAUCUCCACGCUCUCGUCCGCCGUUAACUCCAUGGAAGCGGAAGACGACCACCAGCACUACCACGCUGUCCUGCAGGAAUUGACCGAGAGGAUGCAGCAACAGCAGCAACAGGGCCAGCUGCAGCACCCCUCCCAGACCAUGAAUCUGACUCUCUCCAUCGAGGAACUCACCAAGCGCCUGCGGCCCUUCCACCCGCCUCCCCCUCCCGUCCCCAUGGACGAGGUCGCCGUCCACACCUCCGAGAACGCCUCCGAGCAGCAGCUCCUCCCGCCCACGACGACGGGAUCCAAUGCCACGGGCAGCUACUCCGCCGUGCUGACCAUUCACGAGUCCACCCUUCCCGACGGCCGCAAGACCUACCAGGCCCACGCCGGCCCCUUUAUGCCUACCAAGGACAUGGGCAUUACUCAGGGUGCGGCGCCGGAGAUCGUUGAGGCCUACAUCGAUGUUGUGGACCCCAACUCGCACCCGGAGCUCCGUUACAUCGACCAGCAGGGUCACCACAUCAACGGCCCCAUGCAGGCUCUCAGCACAAAGAGACGUCGUCGGUUGAAGAUGAAGAAGCACAAGUUCAAGAAGUUGUUGCGGAAGACGAGAACUUUGAGGCGCAAGUUGGAGAGGUCCUAAGGGGUUGUGCUCCUCUUUACAACCCUCGAAGGAUGUUCGCGGUGGUCAUUUUUGCACCUAUUUCAUUUUUUUUUUCUUUCUUUUUUUCCCUCCUACCUGUCGCCCGGUUUCUUCAUUUCCGGUGUUCCGCCAAGCUUUCCCGAAGCAACUUAUUUGGUUCUGUGAAUAUCUUUCCGUUUGCCUUUUCUCUCACCCUCUAAAUUAUGCAUGCAUCUUAUCUCCCUCUCCGUCCUCUCAACCAACCAAUCAACCACUUAACACACACUUAUAGACAAUACUACGUGACAUAUUACCUUCUG